AUGUCCAAAUCUUUCUAUAAAUGACCUAGCUCUCUUUUAUGAAUUAACUUUUAGGCAUUAAUUCGUUCUGUCUCUUGGAUUUUAGAUUACUAUGGAAUUCAAGUCACACCUUUUUAGUUGUUUAAAGUUUCAUCAAAAGUUGUUUAAAGCAUGCUAUUGUAAUAAGAAUGGAUAUUGCACCAAUAAUAAAUUAAACCAUAUAUCCAUGAAUGAAACUCGGUUCAAUGAAAUGAAUCUUCAAAUGUUACCGAUUAGUUUAUAUAAAAAAAUAUUUGGUGAUGUUGCCAAUCAAGAAUUUAAAAAUAAUGAGGACAUACAGUCAAUCAAAAGUGAACUUAAAAAAUUUGGAAUUUACACUGAAAACAAUAAAUUUAAAAUAUCAGAUAUUAAUAUUAAUAUACCUGAUUUGAAAGGUCUUGAUAUUGAGGAACAUUUCAAACAAAUUGCCUUAGAACAAAUUUAUCCUUACCGUAGUUUGAUUGAGAAUUUCAAAGAUCUACCACCAAUGCCAGAAUCUUUUAAUUUAGAACAAGGAUGGGUACGUUAUCUAAAUCCAGGAUAUGAAUUAGUAGAAUAUCCACGUGAACAAGAGUUAAUUCUAGAUGUAGAAAUAUGUCUAAAAAAUGGACCUUUACCAGUAUUAGCAAUUGCAGUAAGUACAAAUUCAUGGUAUAGUUGGGUUUCAAAACAACUAAUUGAAGGUAAUUGUUCAAGUUUCAUGAAUAAAACAUUGACACCUGAUCUUCUUAUUCCUUUAGAAAGUUCAAAUACAGAUAGUGGUAUAAAUUUGUCACAAUUUCAAUUAAUGCCUAAAAUUGUUAUUGGUCAUAAUGUAUCUUUUGAUCGUGUACGAAUAAAGGAGCAAUAUUGGAUAAAUAAGACUGCUACUAAAUUUUUAGAUACAAUGUCAUUGCAUGUUUGCAUUAGUGGAACUAGUAGUUAUCAAAGAUCUAUUCUUCGAUCAAAAAGUAGUUGUAAUAUGUCAAACAGUAAAUUGCAUAAUUUAUCUUCUCUAAAUAAUUUAUCAGAUGUUUACAAACUUUACUGUGGUAUUGAAUUGGAUAAAACUGUUCGAAAUAUUUUUAUUGAUGGAGAUAUAUUUCAAAUAAAAAAGGAAUUUAAUAAACUGAUGUUUUAUUGCGCAUCCGAUAUUACAGCAACUCAUAGUAUAUUUAAAAAAAUGUUACCAAUAUUUACAGAAAGAUUUCCUCAUCCUGCUACAUUAGCAGGUAUGUUAGAACUUAAUUCGGUUUAUUUGCCUGUAAACUAUAAUUGGAAAAAAUACUUAGAAGAAUCAGAAACAAUUUAUAAUGAUUUGAAUUUAGAAAGUAAAAUUUGUUUAUCAAGGCAAGCAGAUCAAACUUGUAGAUUAAUGAUUGAUGAUCAGUAUAAAAAGGAUCCUUGGAUGUGGGAUCAAAAUUGGAAAAUUAAGGAUUUCAAGUUAAAAAGUAACAUCAUUAAAAAUGUUGACUCAUGUGUAAUCAAUAUUCAUAGUAUUAGAUCAUUAGAAGAAAAAUUUGACUAUUUAUAUAGAUUAAAAUGUUAUAUCCCAAAAAAAUUACCGCAUAUACCAGGAUAUCCAGAUUGGUACCGCAAACUUUUUAAUUUGAAAUCUAAACCAGUAAAUUUAAUGCCUGUAAAACUUAAUAUUAGUACGUCAAUGCUCAUCACUCCAAAACUUUUAGGCCUUAAAUGGGAACAAUUUCCUCUUCAUCAUAUUAAACAAUAUGGUUGGGGAUUCUCAGUGCCUGAUGGAAAUUAUAAUUUAUUUAUGCAUUCUAUAACAGAACAAACUAAUUCUUCAAUCAACACUAAGCAAGUUGCAUGCAAUAAAUUUAAUGAAAUGAAUUCAUCUGAAUCAUAUGAUAUGAAGAAUAUGCUUUCGUAUUCGACAAAUUAUACUUUUUUCAAAUUGCCUCAUAAAGAUGGACUCUUUUCGAAUGUUGGUAAUCCUUUAGCUAAAGAUUUUAUAAAUAUUUUUUCAGAAAAAAAAUUAAUUGGGAUUAAUCGUAGUUCUUCAAGAAUUAUCGAAAUUGCUCGAAUGUCUUCAUAUUGGAAAAAUAAUAGAGACAGGAUUCUAUCUCAAACUAUUAUAUGGUUGGAUAAUAGUAGUUCAAAAGUAACAAAUAGUACAAAAGUAAAUAAAAAGCUUGGUAAUAUUGGAAUUCUGCUGCCACAAGUUAUUGUUGCAGGAACAGUAACUCGCCGUGCUGUAGAAUCAACUUGGAUGACAGCUUCAAAUGCACAAUUUGAUAGAAUUGGUUCAGAGUUAAGAGCUAUGAUAAAUGCUCCUCAACAUUAUAAUAUUGUUGGUGCUGAUGUUGAUAGCCAAGAGCUUUGGAUUGCUUCUAUUAUUGGAGAUUCAUUUUCUAAUUUAAAAAUCCAUGGUGCAACUCCAUUUAGUUGGAUGACUCUAAUUGGUAACAAAUCUAGUGGUACAGAUAUGCAUAGUAUUACUGCUAAAGCGAUUGGUAUUUCUAGAGAUCAAGCAAAAGUAAUUAAUUAUGCUCGCAUAUAUGGGGCAGGGCAAAAAUUUGCUGAAAGAUUGUUAAAACAAUUUAAUCCUUUAAUGACAGACGAAAAUGCACUGAAAAAAUCAAGAAAAAUGUUUUUAAUGACUAAAGGUGAAAGGGUAUAUCAUCUUAAACAAACUUUCAUAUCCAAAACUUAUCCUAAUAAAAUAUACACAGCCAGUGAUGCUUUUAAAAUUGCUAAAUUGCAUAGGAAGUCUGUAAAUGAAUUAUUUAAACAAGGAAAAUGGUUCGGCGGUACUGAAUCAGCAAUGUUCAAUAGUUUAGAAAGUAUUGCUAAGCAAGAGAAUCCAAAGACACCAUUUUUAAAUGCUAGAUUAAGUCGAGCUUUAGAAAAAGAAGUUUCUUACAAAUAUCUUCCUACAAAAAUUAAUUGGGUUGUUCAAAGUGCUGCAGUAGAUUUUCUUCAUCUUAUUUUAGUAAGUAUGCGGUGGUUGAUGCAAGAUCAAGCUCGACUUUGUUUGUCAUUCCAUGAUGAGGUACGUUACCUUGUACCUUCAAAAUAUAAAUAUAAUGCUGCAUUAGCCUUGCAUGUAACUAAUUUAUUAGUUCGCUGUUUCUUUGUAUCCAAAUUAGGAAUGAAAGAUCUUCCAAUGUCAGUAGCCUUUUUUACAUCCGUAGAAAUAGAUACUGCACUACGUAAAGAAGCUAAUCAAGAUUACAUAACACCAUCGAAUCCUCAUGGACUGAGGGAAGGAUAUGGAAUCAACUGUGGAGAAAGUAUAAAUGUUUGGGAUGCUACGCAAAAAAGUAAUGGUUUGGUUGGAAUACAUCCAACUAGUAAUAAAAAAAUUUAAAUUAAUUGUAUUUCUUUACUUACAUUUUUUGUAACUAUGGAAAUA